UGAGUACUGUGACAAAAAAGAGCGAGAGGGUUAGAGAGCAGGGGGGAUGAAGGGAAAAUUGCACCAUACAUAUUAGCCCCCAGGGCUUAGAGGCGUCCGUAUAUGCAUGGGUUUGACUGUGACACACUGUGACACCUUGGCAACCGCAGAACUCUCAGAGGGAACCAUUGGACCAAUCAAUCUCAACUCUCUCUCGCUCCACAGACUGCAGCUGCGGCAACAGGAUAGAUAAACAGGACCGUGAUGCCAUCAAACAAGUGCCCUUCGGCCAUCAUGGGAGAAAGUGACAAGAUGACAGCGACGGCUGCCGUGAAUGGAGACAUGUCUGCUGUGGAGAGUCUGUCAGAGAAUGACAGUGGCUUGGGGAUGAAUAAUGAGAACAGCCCGCUGACUGCUGCUGACCCCCCUUCACCAUUCAGCCCCAGGCAGAAUGGAGGCGCUGCCUCCCCCCCAGAUACAGAUAUGAACCAGCUCUCAGGUGGCAGGAAGAGGACCCGCAAGCGCUCUGAGACUGAGGAUGAGUGCCUCUGGGACUCCUACAGUGAGGAGGACAAAUCUCGGGCCGGAGCAGUCUGUGAAACAGGCCUCAGACAGCGGCCACCUCCCAGGACCAUUUUCCAGGCUGGCUUGACGCCACACAGUAAGCCCCGCUGCCGUGACCGAGGCCGGCAGGGCAAGCAGGAGCGAGGCAGUCCUCUGUGCCAGGCCUUCAUCGGUCCCUGUCUCAUGGCCGGCGGAGUGGUGGAAGGCCCUUCCCUGGAGCUGCUGGAGCAGGACUCAAAAGACUCAGCGCAGAGCAGCGCCACGUCUUCCUCUCUGGCUUCUGCCGAAACCGCCAGUCAGCCUGAGUACAAGGACAACAAAGGCUUUGGCAUCGGGGAGCUGGUGUGGGGCAAGAUCAAAGGCUUCUCCUGGUGGCCGGGCAUUGUGGUGACCUGGCGAGCCACGGGCAAGAGGCAGGCCUCCCAUGGCAUGAGGUGGCUGCAGUGGUUUGGAGAUGGCAAGUUCUCAGAGGUUUCUGCAGACAAGCUUGAUUCCAUCACUGCCUUCCCAAAGUUCUUCAACCAGGCCUCCUACACCAAACUGGCAUCCUAUCGGAGAGCCAUCUUCCAAGCUCUGGAGAUGGCCAGCAUGCGUGCACAGAAGACAUUCCAGCCAUCAGAGUCGGACAACCCAGAGGACCAGGUGAAGCCCAUGUUGGACUGGGCCAAUGGGGGCUUCCUGCCAAAAGGGUCUGAGGGACUCAAACCCACAGAGAACUCUGAAAAUGGAUCACUCAAUCACCAGGUCCUGGACGUUAGUCUGCCGGAGUACUUCCCCACAGCCAAGAGACCAAAGCUUAACUUGUGCAAGGCCAAGCAGGGCACUGAAGAUGUCUACAGCAGAGAGCAAAUGGUCCAUGAAAUCUUGAAGAAUAACAGAAGCAUAGAAGAAUUUUGCCUCUCUUGUGGGAAAACAAGAGUGGCAACCUUUCACCCACUUUUUGAAGGAGGACUUUGCCAAGCAUGCAAGGAUGUGUAUUUAGAGAUGUCCUACAUGUAUGACGAUGAUGGGUACCAGUCCUACUGCACGGUGUGCUGUGGAGGUCGGGAGGUGCUCCUCUGUGGGAAUGCCAACUGCUGCAGGUGUUUCUGUGUGGACUGCUUGGAUAUCCUGGUGGGGCCUGGGGCCUCAGACAGCGCCAGAGUGCUGGACCCCUGGCGCUGCUACAUGUGCCAGCCGGCCCUGCUGUACGGCACGCUGCAGCGCCGUCACGACUGGAGCAUCAAGCUCCAGGAGUUCUUCAUCAACGACAACGGCCAGGAGUUUGAAAGUCCAAAGAUCUAUCCAGCCGUCCCGGCAGAGCAGAGACGUCCAAUCCGUGUCCUUUCUCUGUUUGAUGGUAUUGCCACAGGAUAUCUUGUGUUGAGAGACCUCGGCUUCAAGGUGGACCAGUAUAUCGCAUCAGAGGUGUGUGAAGACUCAAUUUCUGUGGGAGUCGUCCGACAUGAAGGAAGAAUCCAGUAUGUGCACGAUGUGCGGAACAUCACCCGGAAGAAUAUUGCAGAAUGGGGGCCGUUUGACCUGGUGAUUGGUGGAAGUCCAUGCAAUGAUCUCUCCAUCGUCAACCCAGCCAGAAAGGGCCUGUAUGAGGGCACCGGCAGGCUGUUCUUUGAAUUCUACCGGCUCCUGAGUGAAGCUAAGCCCAAGGAAGGAGAGGACCGGCCCUUCUUCUGGAUGUUCGAGAAUGUGGUUGCCAUGGGCGUCAACGAUAAGAGGGACAUCUCCCGCUUCUUGGAGUGCAACCCUGUGAUGAUUGAUGCAAUCGAGGUUUCAGCUGCACACAGGGCUCGUUAUUUCUGGGGGAAUCUACCUGGGAUGAACAGCGACUCUCAUUAUCUGUGUGACAGGCCACUGUGUGCCUCGGGAAUGGACAAACUGGAGUUGCAGGAUUGCCUGGAGCACGGACGUGUGGCAAAGUUUGGAAAGGUGCGCACCAUCACUACACGUUCCAACUCCAUCAAGCAGGGCAAAGACCAGCACUUCCCUGUCAUGAUGAGGGGGAAGGAGGACAUCUUGUGGUGUACGGAGCUGGAGAGGAUUUUUGGAUUCCCAGUGCACUACACAGACGUGUCCAACAUGGGUCGUGGUGCCAGACAGAAACUCCUGGGUCGGUCCUGGAGCGUACCUGUGAUUAGACACCUUUUCGCCCCCCUUAAGGACUACUUCGCUUGUGAAUAGUUCCAUGGGCUGUGCCCCUCAGUCUGGAUCAUUCACAGGAUGAAGAGAGUUCUGCACUGAACACCCAAAGGCCCCAUCCCAUACAGGACAGUGUAUUGAGGGAGGGAGGGAGUCUUCUACUCCAACUGAAACAGAUGUUGCAGAGCUGCCAUCUUCUCGGUUCAAAAGAUUUGUUUAGAUGUGCAGUCAGCAGCCAGAGACUUUUUAGACUGUGUUUUAAUCACAUGCGUCCGGCCUACGCCCCAACCUGAAGGACAGCUCCCUCCCAAAUUUUAUUAUUUUAUGUUUUUCGUGUGUGGAGUACUUCUAGUACAAUCUUUCUAUGAUUUAGAUUCCUGAAUCAUGUCUAGUAAGUCUAGAAUUCUGCCAUCCUCUCCCAGGUAAUGAUGUAAGUUGGUUUUACUUGCACCCAGAGCUUUUCACUGGUGUUUCCUGCUGAAGCAGAUGCUCACAUGUAGAAAAUGUUUUGUCAUUUUUAUAAGCGAUUGAAUCAUGCAAAUACAGCACAUUGAUUCAUAUAUCGAUAGAGCACUCUUUCAAAUAGGGGUUUAUAUUUUUGUAUUCAUUCUUAUAAAACGUCCGACUGCGAGUACAGAUUCCUUGUGUUGGCUGGGAGGGAAGGGUUGGACUCACAUCCAGUCAAACCCAUUAGCACUGUAUAGACAUCACAAAACAGAUGACAUUUUACAUUUUUGGAUAGAUUUUUCAUUUUCAGAUUAGAAUGUGAAUGGACGGGAGGUGUGUGAUUCUUGACAAUAAGUCAGCCAAUGUAAGCCCUAUGUUUAGGGCUAUACCUCAGUACCUAACCAUCAUGAUCUACAGGCAGCACUUUUCCCACCAAAUCUACUGUGAGAUUUUAACAAGGAAUGUCUUUGGUAAAGGUAUAUGCAAAACACUGUUUUUUAGACUUAACACUGUUAAUCUUUAUUUUUUUUUGAAGUGAAAAAAAAGAAAAACACUUUUUAAAACUCUGCAAUUUCAUUGGAUGGAUUUGUUUUUUUAAAUGACAAUCAGGUGACUUAAAAUCCGAAAAUGUCUUUUUUUAUUUGUUGCAAAACAAGUAUACAAAGUAUAAAAAGGGGGAAUACACGAGGCUAAUUGUACAUUUGACUACAUUCAGUAGCAGAAAUGUUAUUACUUGAAAAAAAUUAUGAACAAAAAACAAUCACAAUAGGGGUGAAAAGCUGAUAAAGAAUAUAGUGGGCUUUCACCAAAAACAAGUUGGCACUACCUCGACCUUCAAAGCCCAAAUACCGAGUAUAUUAAUCACACUCAAAAAUAUUCAAAUAUACAGAAUUACUUUUUGUUUCAUAUAGUCUAUAUUAUUUCACCUAUUUUAGUUAGUGGAAUGUUAUAGUGAUUGUGUACUGUAUGUGAUUCAUGAAAACAUGUUUACAAGUUAAACUGUCCUUCCUAUAUAGAAAUAUUUCAGGACAAAAGUGGAUGGAAGUAGUGAGCCUUAAUAUUGUUUAGUCCUUUUUCUUUGCUAGCUCAACUUUUUUUUACUAAUUGUGUUUUAUACUGUGCAGCAAAUUAGUGAUACAUCUGAUUCGCUUUUUUUGCUUGUUUUAAACUCAUGUUAAUUAAUGAUUUGAACAGUUCAACAAUAUAUAUAUACAUAUAUGUAUAUGUAUAUGUAUGUAUAUAUACACAUAUAUAUAUAUAUAUAUGCACGUUGUGCCUUUUAGAAUAUUCUUAUAUUUGAUUUCAAUAUUAACUUUGGUAAUCUGGCAGUAUUUCAGAUAGAUAUGCUUUGCUGUGCUUAACAACAAUGAAUUGUUUACAUGCCUUUUAAAUCUGUUGUAUGGUAAACUUUGUUGUAUGUCUUAUUUCCAUAUGAGAGCUGUUUUAUGAUAUACAGAAGUAUCUGUGGUUUGCAGCUAUUUCAGUCCUUUUUAUAUUACUUAUUAAACUGCCUUUCAGGAUUUUAUGUCCAGUUUCUGUGUCUUUCCAAAAUUUUGUUUAGAAUGUAGACAAUACAUUGGAUAUAUCAAACAAUGUAAUCUUUGUUUUUUUCAUCUUAAAAUUACGUUUUACUCUACAUUAUUUUAGAACCUCUGAUGUUAUACGCUUUUACAUUUUAUAUACAUUAGUAUAUAAGUAAUAUCUUCUUUGAAUAUUUCAGAAUAUUAAGUAGAUGUUUAGGUUUUAAAAUCUUUUUUUUUAAAAGAUAGUAUUUUUAUUCCUUUUUAUUUCAUGGAGUGAUUUUUUACCAGUCUCAGUUUUAUUCUAAGAAUAAAACAUAUGAAAAUACAGGUGGAUAUCGUGGAAAACGUGACCCCUGUGAUUGUAUUUUUGUAAUCUUUGUCAGCUUUUGAAAGAGUAACAGAAUGAUAUCAAAGCUGUGUACCUGCUGCUUUCUAUCAUGUAUCAAUAAAGCUGAUUUAACCCAAA